AUGCCUAUGUUUCAAACCAAGGAACCUUCCGCUCCAGGUAUCACCACGGUGCUGACCAUGACCACCAUCAACACCCAUCUGAGAGAGACCCUUCCUAAGAUCCCUUACGUCAAGGCCAUAGACAUGUACCUGAUGACCUGCUUUGUGUUCGUCUUCCUGGCCCUGCUGGAGUACGCCUUCGUCAACUAUAUCUUCUUCGGACGUGGCUAUCAGAUGCAGAAGAAGUUGGCAGAGAAAGCAGAGAAGGUCAACAAUGACAGGGCGGCCAAGUUCGACAGCAACAGGGUAACGUUUACCCCCUCGGAAAUGGUUGACUCUCAGGGCAACAUCCUCCUGACAACCCUGGAGAUCCACAACGAAGUUGGCGCCGGCAACGAGAUCACAACCAGCAUCACCGAGACAACCACACGGAACUCCUCCUCCAUGAUAUUCAACCAACCAGGCCUCCAGUACCGAAAACCGAGCGCUCUGAAUGGCCGGGAGAGAAACGCCCACGUGAAGAAGACACGGCUACGCAGGCGGUCCUCUCAACUCAGAAUCAAUAUCCCCAACCUGACGGACGUGAACGCCAUCGACAGAUGGUCACGGGUUGUCUUCCCCUUCACCUUUACCCUCUUCAACUUCAUCUACUGGCUUUACUAUGUGAACUAGUGGUUUUCAAGUCUCUCCUCAGGGACCCCCGGCCGUUCAAUUUGAGAACCACUGAACUAAGUAACAGAUGGGAAGGGAUUUUCACUCCUUAAACUUUCCUUGUUCUUGUUUCUCUAAAGAAACCCAUCUGUAUUCAGAGGACAUAUAACUAMGCAGUCCAUACUGAGUGCAGAGAGACACUAGAAAUGAGUUGUGGGGUCUCUUGAACUGUACGUUCAGACAAGCGGAGACAAAGACCCUUUGUGGAAAUACUAUCCUUCUGAUCUCUUCCUGUGUUACACUGAACACUCCACUGUAAAAACAAGAGGGUGAUACAGGACAUGGUAUGUGGUUUUCAAAAGCAUUAUUUACAAUGAUUUAUGCCAAUUAUUGUAACUCUACCCCUUAUUUUAGUGUGAGAAAUUCAUUU